UACUUUGGGCCUCUCCAUCUGCGGGUCUGAGAAGCUUGGGCCCCCCCGACAGCAUGCAAUUCCUCUUACUUCAGCUGCUGGUGCUCCUGCCUCUAGGGAAGGCCGCAAGGCACCAGGAUUGCCACCAGAAUCAGUGUUCCUUUCCCCCUGUGCUCCUGGAAAGGAAUCGAAGAGAGCUGCCCACGGGGAAUCACGAGGAUGCUGAGAAGCCAGAUCUGUUUGUCGCUGUGCCACAUCUAAUAAGCACCAGCCCAGUAAGGGAAGGCCAGAGGCAGAGAGAGAAGAUGCUGUCCAGGUUUGGCAGGUUCUGGAAGAAGCCUGAGGGAGAGCUGCGCCCACCCAGGGACUCAGAGGGUAAGCACUUUCCAGCUGGAACCCAAGCCCUCAACCAGACGGUAGAUGAGAGGAAACUGGAGAAAUCGCCUCUUCGGGAAGAAGCAAAGAAAUUCUGGCACCACUUCAUAUUCAGAAAAAGUCCUGCUUCCCAGGGGGUCAUCCUGCCCAUCAAAAGCCAUGAAGUACAUUGGGAGACCUGCAGGACAGUGCCCUUCCGCCAGAUGAUCACCCAUGAAGACUGUGAAAAAGUAGUUGUCCAGAACAACCUUUGCUUUGGAAAAUGCGGGUCUGCUCAUUUUCCUGGAGCUGCACAGCACCCACAUACCUUCUGCUCCCACUGUUCUCCUGCCAAGUUCACCACAAUACACUUGCCGCUGAACUGCACUGGCCUUGCCCCCGUGGUCAAGGUGGUGAUGCUGGUGGAGGAGUGCCAGUGUGAGGUGAAGACAGAGCAUGGAGAUGGACACCUCCUACAAGCUGCCCCUCAGGAUUCCUUUAUCCCAGGAGUUUCAACUUAAAAGGCUGUCCUGCUACUACCUUUGAAAUGCAGAACCACAACAGCAAAGAUGCUGAUUAUUCAGCCUGAAAAUGCUAAUUGGGUACAUAAUAUUUUAAAGGAAAUGUGGCUUUAAAAGUAGUUUUAAGAUAGCACAAUUUAGAGGAAAUGGUGUUUGUCUAGUUAUUGGUACAUGUUUGGGACCCGGUCUCAGCUCUGCCACUAACUGGCCAUAGAAUGUUAAGUUGUACAAGUGUUUUCCACCUGAAGUUUUUCAUUAAUAAAUGAGGAACUCGAUGAUUGCUCAAGUCUUUUUGACUACUAAUAUUCCAUGAUCUUUUCUCCAAGUUUUGGUAAAAGCCCUCCAUC